AGCCGAGCGCCUGAGGGGGGGCGGUGUAGUUAGGGGGGUGGGAUGUGGGGAGCCGGGAAUCCAACCCCCGAUGAGAUGAAGAAGUCGUCGGCGCCGGGCCCCAGCAGCCUUUAGACCGGACAGCGCCGCCACCUGCUGCGAAGCGACCGCCGUUCUGUACAGGUUGGGCUCUGGAAAAGGCGUGUCCCCAUGGAACCAGGGAUGUUUCAAGUGGAGUUCCCGAACUUUGGCAACAACCUGCUGAGGAAGCUGAACCAGCAGCGGAUGGAGGGCAAGCUCUGCGACAUCACCAUCCACCUGCAGGGCCAGAUGUUCAAGGCCCACCGGGCUGUGCUGGCGGCCUCCUCGCCCUACUUCCACGACCAGGUGCUCCUAAAGAACGCCAACCGCAUCGUGCUGCCCGGGGUCAUGAGCCCGAAGGCCUUCGAGAACGUGCUGGCCUCCUCCUACACCGGCAAGCUCACCAUUAUGUCGCCAGAGAUCGUCAGCUACCUGACGGUGGCCAGCUUCCUCCAGAUGUGGCACGUGGUGGACAAGUGCACCGAGCUGCUGAGGGAGUGCCAGCCGCCCACUGCGCCCGCCCCUAGCCAGAACCAGUCGCCCAGCAGCAGCAACUACCUCAGCCCCUGGCACGGUCCCGAGCCGGGUGCUGUGCUGCCGGCCAAGUUCGAGCGGCCCGAGGAGGACGACGUCAAGGUGGAGGGCCACCCGGAGGAGGAGGAGGAUGAAGAGGAGGAGGACGAGGAGGAGGAAGAGGAGGGCCAGAAAGGCCAGGCCUCCCCGGGCCGAGAGACGGAGCAAGACAACGUCAUCAGCAACUCGGCCGAGCGGGAGAAGUUUGGAGGGGAGGGUGUCGGCCGUGAGUGCGAGGCGGGGGCCAGCGAUGGUGCCGACUGCCCCUACCCGCUGCCGGCCUACAGCCAGCCCAGCAUCGUGCCGCACAAGCGCUGGGUGUUUGUGAAGACCGGCAAGGUGGAGGACGGCAGGUCCCCGGGCAGCGAGGAGGAGCGGCACUUCCUGCCGGCACCGCUGGGCAAGAGAGAGCCGGGAGCCCCGGAGACCAACGAGCACGAGGGCCCCCACUUCGCGGAGCACUCGCUGCCUGAGGAGUACGACGAGUUCCCCGAGGACCCCAGCUACGACGAGCCGGUCGACUACUACGGCUCCUCGGACGACUUCCACUUCGAGCGGCCGGGAGGAGGGAGCCCCACCGGGCAAGUCCUGCAGGGGGGCGGCCUGCCUGGGGAGAUCCAGGAGAACGGCGCCUACGGCGUGCUGGGGGAGCCGGGCCCCAGCUCGGGACAGCCGGCCGCCGGCUCGGACUUUCCUGGCGCCGUCUACAAGCUCUACCCGUGCCAGUGCGGCAAGAGCUUUGCCCACAAGAGCCAGCGGGACCGGCACAUGAGCAUGCACCUCAACGUCCGGCCAUUCGGCUGCCCCAUCUGCAACAAGAAGUUCAAGAUGAAGCACCACCUGAUGGGCCACAUGAAGAUCCACACCGGCCACAAGCCUUACGAGUGCCACUACUGCGGCAAGAAGUUCAUGUGGCGCGACAGCUUCACCCGGCACCGCAAUGCCUGCGCCAAACUCUACCACGCCGCUGCCUCCGUCCCCAUGCCCCUCCCUGACCUCGACGUGCCCUCUGACCUCAGUGUGCCCUCUGACCUCUGACCUGGCGGCCCCGCCCCCACCUCCACCCCCUCCA